AAUACUGGGCUAUAAUUGAGGGAUAUAAUAUAUACACUAGGAUCGGGAAUCCUACGGGUGACUUCUCAGAGAAUAAUUGCGAAGAGGACGGCCGUCAUCGCCGAUGGUUAAUCCYGUCCAGCGCGAUGCAGCUUUCGCUGAACGAUUUCGACGUUUUGAAUUAAGCAAUCCCCGUCCGAUGGCACAGCCUCCUUGGGCCAAAGAACCGACCAUUUCAACUUCAAGCAAGARAAGGUCAAACAAUCCUCCAUCAAACAUACCAGCAUUGCCAGACAUAAUGGACAGAGGAACAAAGAAUCCAACUCCACCAGGAUCUGGUGAUGGCACAAGACUAAARAAACUCGAAGGCAGGAUAAGUUUGAGUGAACAAUCAAACAGAGCACUGUUAGAAGAGAUYGUGAGACUACAAGGAGAACUCAAAACAAGUGUACGACGUAAYGAAGACACUUURCGUGAUGAAAAGGAACAAAGACAUYUACUAUCAGAGAAAAUACGAGCAGCAAAUACGCUUUAUACUCAGCUAAUGAUGCGGUUAGCAAGAACGGAGGAAAGACUGGAUUCWGAGCAUACAGCUGUAGGGUCGUUAGUCAACCACACAAAACAUGUUGAACAAACAYUAAUGGGYAAUCAACAACAAUUGUUGAGCCGAAGGGAACAGGUUCAUGUUAGACUAGAAAGAUUAAAAGAAGAUUUGGAGGAUUUGCAAGAUACUUAUGAGCAAGUGCAAAAGAAUAUGCGGGUCAUGAAUGACGAUGUACGGAAUACAAAGAGUAAGCUUGAAGUGCAGACAGUACAGUUUGGGACAAUGGUGCAGGAGUUACGGCAGAGGAUGAAAAAAAUUGAAAAUGACUCACAGUCUGCUAUGGAUUACUUGAGGAAAGAAACAGACACUAGAGGAGUCAUGGAAAUGAGUACUGCACAGUUUAAGAACACCAUGGAACUAAGCUUGAGCAUAUGCAGAAAGAGCUGGAUUCUUUGAAGGCAGAUUUGAAGACGUUAGAGGCCCAACAAAAACGUACACCAACACCAAGAAAGCCCACACCAGAACCUAAACCUCCCACCCCRAAGCCCCAGACCCCAGUUGAAAAAGCCAAGAGCCCAACACCCAAAACACCAGAACCACCACCAAGCGACGACACCAUAGCAGGAAUGAAAGAACGAUUAGACAAGCUUGAGGACUCUGUACUCGAGCAAAGUUCCCAGUACAGCAAGCUUGAUAGUACUGUCGAGACAUUACGAACUGUUAUGACACAGAAAAUUCUAUCAGAAGCGCAAACGAGGAAUAAUCACAUUCGAGRAGUAGAAAAAGAUAUCGAGAAGAUCAUCAAGCUCUACCUUCUUGACCAUCGACAUAUCUUUGUGAAAUCCAAAGACAGAAACAUCCACCGUGCCGUACACGGGGAGGGGACGGGGAUUAUGAGAUACGCGAUGAUUGACAUCAAUCGAUGGGGAAUCUAUCAAGCSUACAAGAUGAUACAAGUGAAGAAAGCGUGGUUUAAGUUGCUGGAGAUCAAGGAAGCGCGAGAAGCGGCGGAACCCGAGGAUCCCGAUCUUCCACCCCCUAUACAACGACCGCCUACACCGGAUAGCGAUGAUGAUGACGAUGACAAAGAUGAUAAUGAUGAUGAUGAUGACGACGACGAUGACGAUGAUGAUAAAGACGAUGACGACAAUGAUGAGGAAGACGAUGACGACGACGACGAUGAUGAUGAUGAUGACGAUGAUGAUGACGACGAUGACGAUGAUGACGACGAUGACGAACCACCUAAAAAGAAGCCACCUUCAAAGAAAAAAUAGAAUACUAGACCAGUAAUUACAGUAAAAAGAAAUGGUGUACUGUUCCGAACGGUUGGAGGUUGGGGUUGGUUGUAUGGACCUGCUGGGUGGAAGUAAUGGGAGGGAGGGUUUGGAAAUUGACAGAACAAUUAUUAUCUUAGAGCCUUCUCGACCUUUCACUUUUUCCACCUCUUAUCUCCUUUAGGGCUUCUUCACUGCAUAUAGACCCAUAUAGAAAAGACGAAAGAGCAAAUCAGAGCAUAAACCUGCUUAGGAAGCUAUUAGUCAAUAGAAACCUGUGUUGUGACAAAAAGAUAAUCGUGAGGGGAGGGGUGCACAGUCCUGCGUUGUUUCCACAGGGAGCCCAAAGAGGAAAAAAGAGAAAAGUUGUCURCACAACAUUUUUCAGUGUCGACGAAAUCAAGUCGAUCUGAAACAGCCGUUCAAKGGAGUAAAUACUGACUGGUGAAGGCGAAGCCUGGCAGACCUUAUAUCUUUAUCGCCUUGUCACUGAAGAUGUAGUUUCACUUGAAAGCGGAAACUACUUUUAAUUUUUAGUCAACUUUGGGGUCAAAUUGGCGGGAUUAUAGAGCUUAAAGCAAUAUUGUAAAUACACAUUACGCUGCAUAUAUUUAAUGCGCUUUGUAAAAAUAAAAUGAUAAGUUCACACAAUA